GGGCUCUCGCGAGCGCCGGCGCGCGCUCGGCCUUUGCCCCGCCCCCGCUCCCGGUCUGCGGCGAAGGAGACGGAACCGCCGCGGCCCGACGGGAUCCAGAGCGGCGCCGUUCGCCCGCCCCCGGCCGGCACGGGCCCCGCACGCCCGCCGAGAUGUCAGAAGACCUUGCUAAGCAGUUAGCUAGCUACAAAGCUCAGCUUCAGCAGGUUGAGGCUGCCUUAUCUGGAAAUGCAGAAAAUGAAGAUUUACUAAAACUGAAGAAAGACUUACAGGAAGUCAUAGAAUUAACCAAAGAUCUCCUUUCAACACAACCUUCGGAAACUCUUGCAAGUUCUGACAGUUCUGCUUCUGCUCUGCCCAGUCACUCCUGGAAGGUUGGGGACAGGUGUAUGGCAAUAUGGAGUGAGGAUGGACAGUGUUAUGAAGCUGAGAUUGAAGAAAUAGAUGAGGAGAAUGGAACAGCUGCAAUCACAUUUGCUGGGUAUGGCAACGCUGAAGUGACACCUCUGUUCAACCUCAAGCCUGUGGAGGAGGGAAGAAAAGCAAAAGAGGACAGUGGCAACAAACCUAUGUCCAAAAAAGAGAUGAUAGCCCAGCAACGAGAGUAUAAAAAGAAGAAAGCUUUGAAAAAAGCUCAGAGAAUUAAAGAACUUGAACAGGAAAGAGAGGACCAGAAAGUCAAGUGGCAACAGUUUAACAACAGAGCCUAUUCUAAAAACAAAAAAGGCCAGGUCAAGAGGAGUAUUUUUGCUUCCCCCGAGAGCGUAACUGGCAAAGUUGGAGUUGGAACAUGUGGAAUUGCAGACAAACCUAUGACACAGUAUCAAGAUACCUCUAAAUAUAAUGUCAGGCAUUUGAUGCCUCAGUAACAGAGGAAAAAGGUGGAGCUUCAUCUCUGCAGGGCUUUACACUUAUCUUUUUAUCAUUAUAUUUUUCUAAAAGUAAAUUAUUUGUUGGCACAUAGCGAGUAGUCCAUUUUGUCACCAUCACUUUGGCUUCAGCUGAUAUGAGCCUUAAAUCUCCAGCUAUUGAUUUGACCCCCCCCAAUCAUUAAACUUUUUGUAGUUGCAUUCAAAUACAUUCUGCAGGUAAAGGCUUUCAUGAGCUGCUGUUACCUGUCCCUCUGAAAGCAGUGGUUAUCUGCACCUUUGAUGUCUGGAAUUUUCCAUUCAUACUAGUAGUGGAAGUUUGGUUUUUUUCCUUAAGAAAAAUGGUGGUAGUAUAAAAAUGGCACCUUAACAGCCCCUCUUGUUUCUGUAGUCCCAGUGCGAAGCUCAGCGUUCCAGAGCUGCUGCAGCUCAGAGAGGGCACUAGACUCCAUCACAGCUUAUACGUCACGUGGAGUUGCUGAGAAGUUCUAAAUUCCUCCCUUACAAAUCCACUGUACAGCAGUUAAUGGGGGCAGAGCAUGGCCAGCAGGAUCUUUACUACUAAUGAGGAUUCAUGUGCUAGAAACAAUAAAUCUGGCUUUAAUUGAAGUCUGAAUUCCCUGUGUUAGAAGUUAAGCAGAGGAGAUGCUGUUUUGUGUUGGUUUGCCUUUUUUUAAUACUCAUUGAAAUUUAAUAGGAGGUUAUUCAAAUGUAACCAGAAAACCAUAGGACACGCUAUUUUGACUCGUUUCAAAGUAGAGAACUGUAUUUAAAAAUACCCACCCCUCCCCAAGAACAGAAGUGGUUUGGACAGAAGCCAUCAUCUCCCCUCUUGCAGAUGUUGCAGGUUUGAUGGUACAGAGCUGGAGCGCACAGAACAGCUUGUGUCUGGGCCACCCCCCUCCCCUCACACACAACUGCAGCUCAGCGGGUACAAACGCUGAGAUCCUGCUUAGUUGUGCGUCACUCCAGGUUUGCCUGAAGUUUCUGUCCUUAAAUAAGUGACUGGCUCUAGUGUUAUUGUCACUUCAGCCGUAUUACAGUGCUGCUGAGCCCCUUCAAGUUUAUUCAGGAAAGAAUGUGUAAAAGCUCUUGCUUUCUUGUAUUUUAUAUGUGAUCUGUUUUCCUCUGUUACUUGUCUCUCACGGUAGUGGUGCCAUCUCUGACCCUGUAACGUGUUUAAAGAAGUUAAUGGGUAGCCCUGUAUACAAUGUAGAUAUUAUUUUUGUAAAAUCUAGGGCUGAGUUAAUGGACAAGAGUACAUCAGCUAUUUCCCCCAUUAAAGGGUGUUUCUUGUCCGUUAACCCUGACCAUUAUUUCCCUGUAUAUUAUGUUAAUGUAGCUCAUUCUGUAAUUUGUUAACUAGAUCAGGUCACGUCAGCAAUUGUUGAUGCACUGAUUGGUGGAAAUGUCCAUCAGUUAUCUGAGUCACAACUCAAGCUAAACUCUACAACUGGUAGUUUAGAAUCCAUACAUAGAAAAAGGUUCUCCCUAUAAUGGGAGAAGAUGAUUUUUAUGAAUACAAAGUGUGUUAAUUUCAGUUUUGUAUGUUUUAACUUUUAUUAAAUAAAGUGUUUAAAAUCUGCUGGA